AUGUCCGCGAUGUUAUCUUCGCGUCGGGUUUCGGUGCACGUUCCAGGAGGAGGAGGAGGAACGAAGGCGGCAUUCUCGAGGAGGAGCGCAUUCGUUUCCGGGAUGAGGCCUCUGCAUCGAACCGCCGUGAAAAAAUCAUCGUCGUCGUCGCGACGACCGAAGAACGCGGGGAGGAGGAGGAUGAUCUCGUCGUCGUCGUCGAGCAGAGAUUUAUUCGAAGGCGACGAAGGCUUCGACGUCGAGCUUUUGCAGAAAGAUCUCGUCGAGGAAGGGCUGUUGGAUCAGAAACACGCGAACGGACACUUCAACGGCCAAACGACCGAGGCGAUCGCGACGCUUCAGCAACAGUUCGGUUUACCCGUCACCGGCGAAUGGACUGAACUGGAAAGAUUGGUGUUUCAAGGAGGCGCGCAAAAAAGCCAACGCGUGCGCAACUUUAACGACAGAAACGCCGGCGAGCGAGCGUUGGCGCCUCCGACGGCGAGAGGGAAGAGGGCGUUGGAAAACGCGCAAAUGUAUUACACGAGCGUGGAGGAUUCGCGUGAUUUGAUCAGAGACGGUAGUGACGCGUUGCAGCGGUUCGUACAGCCUGGGCUUUCUGGAGAUAUUUUGACCGGAUUGGUCUGGGGGUUGGGCGUGGCGAGCGCGGUGUCGUUCACGAAUGAUCUUUUUGAAGAUUAUUUGCAACCCGUCGGUCGGCAAAAAUCGAAAGAACACCAGAGAAGAUGGAACGAAACACCAAACGACGAAGGUUUGUUACCAAAGUUGAACUUUUUUGGCGGCGGGGGUAGCGGGGGUAACGGCGGUCGAAUCCAACGCGCAUUUAAGCAAGGAGGAGGACGAGGACAGCGGCAACAGGAACAGCAACAACCUUUCGAACGAGGUGUGGCGUAUGCAUCUUCUUCCUCGUCGUCUCCGCAACGAGACAGUGGUAACGGUGGUACAGUUCCGUACUGGCAAACUGGACGUACUUCGCGCAUGUUGCAAGAAUACCACGGAGCUUCUGCUUCCUCGUCGUCGUCCAACUUUGUGCCGCCGGCGAACGCGCCUGGGUCAAACGUGCCGCCUUCGCCGGCGUUUGCUCAUAUGAAUACGAACGCGUCGGCUUCGAUGAGUGUGAAAGAGAUGAACGCACUUCGAAAAGAAAUUACUCGACGGAACGCGAGUCAGGCGUUUGCGCAGUAUAACAACAGUAGCGGCGAUGCGCCGGCGCAAAAGAGAAACACAAAAAUAGGCUCCCGAGACGCCGCCUUGGAACCAAUUCGAGCGAAAGCUCGCACGCAAACGCUCGAGAGACCGGGAUACGCGAACGACGGCUUUGGCGAGUAUGGGAAUAAGAACGACAGAAAUGGUAACAAUAGCAGCACCAGUAGCAGCAGCAGCAGCAGCAGCAACAACAACAACCCGGGGGACGCGAUGGACGAACACAAUCGAGGGCCUCUGUAUGUCCAAGGCUUGGACUUCCUCCGCGAAAUCCCGAGCAAAGUUCCAAACUUGUUCGCACCGAGUGAGUUCUCAGCACGAGCGAUUAAAGAGCGCGAGCUGGAAGCGUCAAUACAGGAGGCUCGUCGGAUUGCCGAGAGCGAGCGCGCGGAAAAGCACAAAGCACAAGAGGCGUUUGCGAGACAAAAAUCUGAACUCUUGGAGGUUUCGAGAAUUGCUCGUCAAGCCUCUUUCGUGGCUGAUUCGCACGAGCAACGCAUCAAAGAAAUACAAGAGAAGUUGAAUUCGAUGCAAGUUAACGAAGGGACGAAAAUGGAAAGUUUAGUCAGUCGAAUCGACGAGUUGGAAUCCUUCGUCAACAAGUCUUUGCAGGAUAAAUUUGAAAAUCUCGAGGUGGCGGCGGAGCGCAAAUUCAAGCAACUCGCCGUCGAUGUCGAGAGAAUUGAAUUAGCGAUGAAAGAUGCCGGCUCGAAUUUGGACGAGCUCGAUACGAUUGGUCAAGUUACGAUGGCUUUGUCGAGCGUGAAGAACGACGUGACUGCAAAGUUACAAGCAUUUGAAGCCCAAUUGAACGAACAAUUGGAAGCGACGUCGAGACAAUUAAAAGAGGACCGAGAAAGCGACACUCGCGCCGAUAUUGCGUUUGCAAAGUUGGACGCGCUGGAACAUUCUCUUUUGGACGUCCAAUCUGGUGCCGGUGCUGAAAUCGAGCGUUUACAAGCGCACAUUGAUCGAUUGGAGGCGAGCUUGCGAGCCGCUCCGGCUCCCGUGGUAGUUGAAGAAGAAGAAGAAGAAAUUAUACGAGAAGAAGAAAAAGAAGAGGUCAUUAUUCCCACCUCGUCCGCAUACACUGAAGUGGAUACAUUAGAGGAGUUGGACGUAGCAAAAGAGCAGGAACAGGAACAAGAAAUUGUCGAAGAAGUUGUGGAAGAGAAGAAACAACAGCUCGAGAAUCUCUUCGCGGCGCCCGCCGUGCCAGACGUUGUCAUUCCCAUAGCUCCACCAGUCACUCCGGCACCGGAGGUUGAAAAAGAGGACGACUUCAUCGAUGGACAGAUAUUCGAAACUGGUAUUCCGAAACGCAUCGCGACCGGUCGUGAGGUUAUGUUGCAAGGCUUCCACUGGGAGUCACACAAGUCUGAAUGGUACGACAUCGUCAGCGACCGCGUGGAGCAAAUCAGAGACGCCGGGUUCACGCAAGUUUGGCUCCCUCCGUCUGCGGACUCGCUCGCACCGCAGGGUUAUUUACCAAGGAACUUAUACAAGCUCGACUCUCACUACGGAUCCGCCGAGAAACUCAAAUCUUUGACUCGCAAGAUGAAAGAAAACAACAUCUUGCCAGUCUUGGACGCCGUGUUGAACCAUCGGUGUGCGACGCACCAAGGUGCCGGCGGAAAGUGGAACCGAUGGGAGGGCACUGGUAUUGACUGGGGAGAUUGGGCUAUUUCCAACGAGCAACCGGACUUUGCCGGCUCUGGGAACGCUCCAACCGGCGACGUUUUCCACGGCGCGCCGAAUAUCGACCACACUCAAGACAAGGUUCGCCAAGAUUUAUGCGAAUACAUGAAAUACUUGACCUCCGACGAGGUUGGUUUCGGUGGUAUUAGAUUUGAUUUCUCCAAAGGUUACGGCGGUUCGUUUACAGGCGAAUACGUCCGGGCUUGUGAAGAUAAUGUCGAAUUUGCCGUUGGGGAGUUUUGGGAUACCAUGAACUACGGCGUCGGAUUAGAAUACAACCAAGACUCGCACAGGCAAGCCAUCGUUGAUUGGGUCGAUCAAACCGGCGGGUGUUGCACCGCGUUUGAUUUCACGACCAAAGGCAUCUUACAAGAAGCAUGCGGGCGCGGCGAAUUCUGGCGUCUCAUCGACGCACAAGGUCGCGCUCCGGGCGUUAUCGGUAUAUGGCCCGCUCGAGCGGUAACCUUCUUGGACAACCACGACACGGGAAGUACUCAAGCGCACUGGCCAUUCCCCGGUAAGCAAGCCGGUCAAGGUUACGCGUAUAUUUUGACCCACCCGGGUACCCCGUGCGUCUUCUGGGACCAUUACUUCGAUUGGGGCGACAACUUGCGCAAACAAAUCGACUCUUUACUCGACGUCCGCGACAAGAUGAAAAUCCACGCUCGAUCCGUCUUGAAAAUAGAACACGCCAAGGAUAACUUAUACGCCGCUAAGAUCGACGAUAAAGUCGCCGUGAAGUUAGGUCGCGAACACUGGGAACCCAAAGGUGACGGAUGGAAAGUUGAAGCGUUCGGCGACGACUGGUGCGUCUGGACGUUGACCAAGUAG